AUGAGAGAAAGACAGAAGACCCAGAGAGAUACCAAGAACGAGACCAGUGCCGGCUUCCCCAUUGGUGGCAACGGGGGCACCCCGCCCCCCCUUCCUGAGAACAAGAGCCGCAUCCUCAGAGCGGGACAGAGAACAACCAGCAGCAGCCAGACGGACGACACAAUGAUGGCAUGCAUGGGAUGUUUCCAGAAAAGUCUUCGGAGGCAUUCUGGAUACAAAGCACAGCGUCGUUCUCUGUUUCGUCAGGUCUUCGUCGGAGUAAAGGGACGGCGAGUCCGCUGGUACCUCACUGAGCAGAAGGAACCUGCAUGUGAAGAGGAGGAGGAGGAGGAAGAGGAGGAGGAAGAGGCUGGAGAAGGUGAACUCCCUGAGGAGGAACAGCAGCACACAAAUGUGGAGGACUCGGGGAGCCGGGACGUCUCAGGCCACGUUGAGGAAGACGAGGGUGAAGAUGUGGAGGAGGAGUCUGCUGAGGAGCCAGUACAGAACACAAGUCUAGAUCAGGAGGAUCUGAGGGACCCAGAAUAUCAGACAGCAACAAGAGGUCAGUCUGUGAAGAUGAAGGGCAGGAGACGGGAUCUUCUAAAACUCAGAGUCUGUCUGUUACAGGAUCACACCAAUGUGCUCAAAAUGGGGGUGUUGAAGUCCCCGGUUAACGAGCUGAAGUGUCCCCGAGGCCUACGGGAGCCCGACUUCCUGAACCUGCUGAGGUCCACCUUCCCUCAGGUGACCGGACAGUUUGACGUCUUCACAGUCGACGCAACCAGGAAACUGACGCCACUGCAACUACAAACACUGACACCAGAAGAGAUCCAAAGGUCCAUCAAAUCCACGGGGAAAGGAAGAUCGGCUUUGUAUAUCCGAGCACAGAGAGCAGAGAAAUCGCUGAUCAACACGGAGCAACCUCCUCCUCCAGAGAGCGAAGACGAAGCCACCAGUGACGCAGGAAACGCUGAUUCUGUGGACACCAACAGAGUCAAUCGUCUGUCCAACAACUCGAGACGGCAACAACAGAUUGAAACAGCGGAGGACGGAGAACAACGCGGAUUAUCGGAUGACUUUAGCGCCCUUUCUCCUGCUGAGAGCGACGGGGACAACGAAGAAGACGAAGAGGAAGAGGAAGAGGUGGAGAAAGAUGGCAGAGAUGACGACUGGAAACCAGACAGGAAAGAGGAAGGGCUGAGUGACGGCGAAGCUGAAGCGAACUCAUCGAAGACGGCGAGGAGAAGGAGGCGAGUUGAUCAUUCAGGUGUAAAAACAAAAAGAAGGAAGCAGAUGCAGUCGUCUCUGAAGGCGGCGACCGAUGGCGGCGACGCUCCGUCCUGUAAAGUCUGCGGAGCGCUGCACAGGUCAAAGACCAUGCUGAUUAAACAUGCCUUGAGUCACGUGGACGACUCAGAGCGGCGUUGUGGAGUGUGUGGAGAACAUUCAGAGUCUGCUGAGGAGCUGGGGAGCCAUCUCGAAAGUCACCAGAAAACUCACAGCUGCAACAUCUGUGGAAAGUCUUUCCUCACUGUUGGCAGCCUAGAGAGACACGCUACUCUGCACACAGGAGAGAAACCGUACAAAUGUGACAUCUGCCAUAAAGCGUAUGCACAUAAGGCAGGUUUAAGGAACCACGGGUGGGAACAUGUGGAGGAUAAACCCCACAAAUGUGACCUCUGUAGUCGGUCUUUUGCUUUCAAACAGCAGCUGAGGGUUCACAGCAGCACCCACACAGGUGAGAAGCCGUAUCGCUGCGACGUGUGCGGGAAAUGUGUCGCUGACUUGCGAGCUUUAUCCCGACACAAAUUGGGUCACAUAGGGGAAAAACGUUAUGCCUGUCAGGUCUGUGGGAAGAGAUUUUUAAUUCCAGCCAAAGUGAAAGAACAUGCGAAAAUUCACACAACCCGAGACCGAACGUACCUCUGCGACGUUUGCUGCAAAAUGUUUCACACACGAGGUCAGCUGAAGGUUCACAUGAAAACACACAGCGAGGAGAAGAUCAUGUGCAGCGAAUGCGGCAAAGGUUUGUCGGGUCGAGGAGCUCUGAGGAGACACAUGAUGAUCCACACUGGGGAGAGACCGUACGAGUGCUCGAAGUGCGGGCGAACCUUUAACACUCAGAGUAUUCUCAGAGAACAUCUGAAAACACACUCUGACGUCAAACAGUUUGUCUGCGGGGUUUGUGGGAAAGCGUGCGCUCGCAAAUAUUAUCUGACUGUCCACAUGAGGACCCACAACGGAGAGAAACCGUACCAGUGCAGCCUCUGCGACAAAGCCUUCACUCAGAGCCACUGUCUGAAAACACACAUGAGGAGCCACCAAGGGAAAGAGACGUCAGAACUGGAUGGACUGAAGUCCUGAAAGGGUCUGUUCCUUUUCUACAUAAAGAAAACUGAACGUGUUCCCUAAAGCUCGAUGUGCCGAGUGUCUCGUUAAUAACGGAGCAAUCAAACAGCGUGGCACUAAGUGUUCACUGUAGCUUCAUCAGGUCUGUGCUGAUAAAGUAAAACUAUCUGCACCAGAGAACUUCAGUGUGUCUCUGCAGUGUGACUGUCGACUGUACAGGACGGACACAGCGAGGGCAGAUUGUCACUAGUUAAUCAAUCAGAUAUUUGUACUGCGAGUGAGAGCUGAUAAUGUUAAUGUCCCGAUCUGAUCUCAACAAUCUGUAUCCCCACCGAUCAGGGCGUUCUUUAUUUGAUUGGUGUCGGCUACUUUGAGCUCUACUGAUCCGAUUUUUUGUUUUCCGUCAGCUGUUUUUACUCUGGAAGCUUUUAUGUGCCUCUGCUCGGAGAGAUCUGACAGAACCAGACUCGACAGGCCACUGAAAGAGCAACAAAACCCAAUAAAUAAAAAUAAUUAAUUGAUGUAAUCGGCUCAACAGAUGUUCAAAUAAUGAAAAUAAAGCGUCAGCCAUAAAGCGUGUAGACAAGCUCAGGUUGCAGUAUAUUAAUUACUGAACUAAAAGCCUCGGGGAGAGUCAGCGAGUGGACGACUGCUGUAUAAUUACAGCUUCAAUAAACAGUGAGAGUCGGUAUGUGACAAAGAAUAGAAACUAAAGACGUGAACGUGGACAGAAAGGUUGAUUGUUAGUGUCUGUUACACAGCUGUUACAUUAUCAUCCCGUUGUGUCGUGAUGCAACUGCGUUUCUGUGGUUUAUUGUAUGUUAAAUGUUUUUUCUACUGAAUGAAAUCAUUGACUCAUCGUUGUUUGUUUGUUGGUCAAAUAUUAAUGAAGUAAAUAUUCUAAAUGCC